UUGUUGGAGGAACAUCCUUGCUUGUGGAACACUGGGUCCUCAGCAUAUAAAAACCGCCAAGAAAAGCUAAAAGCCAGCGAAAGCCUUGCAGAGAAGUUUAACAUCGACGCCGGUACGCUGAAAACAUUGCUACAUGGUAUGAGAACAAGUUUGACAAGAGAGAUGAAAAGAGAGCAGGAAGGUCGUCAGUCGAAGUGGAAAUUCUUUGGUGCUCUUUCUUAUAUGAAAGAUGACAUUGAAAGGUCUUCGAGAGAGAGAGAGGUGCAAGUCUGGACCCCAGAAGAUGUAGAGAAACUCAUCGAUUUCUAUAGAGAGAACGAGCAGUUGUGGAAUCACAACAUUCAAUCCUACAGAGAUAGAAACUUACGCGAAGUGAACAUGAAGUGCUUGGGAGAGAUGUUUCCCGGAAGAAGCGUGGAUGAUCUAAAGAAACAAUGGCAGACUCUUAAAACCAUAUUUCAACGAGAGCUCGAGAGGGAAGAAGGUAGCAAGGUCUCCGGCACAGGCACAAGCAGUGUCUACGUUUCCACGUGGAAGCACUUCAAGUCAAUGAUGUUCAUAAAAGGAAACGACGACUUACACCCCCAGUUAAGCACUCUUGUUUCGGAAGAGAACGACGAAAAGCCAGUGGUUAAAAGGUCAAGGAGGGAACUGACUCCAUCAAAAGAGAUGGAGAACGCAAAGCUUGAUCUUUACAAGCAAGCUAUAAGGUGCCUUCAAAUGCCAAUUCCUGUUGGGCCUACUAAUGCUGAAUCAACAGUGAAUGAUGAUGUGACCAUGUUCAUCAAAAACAUCGAGGCAACAUUGAGGCAGUUUCCAGCACUACUCCCAUUGGCCAAAAGAAAGRUAUAUGAAGUUGUGUCAGUAAACCCAACCCAACAUAGGAAGGAAUAUACUGAUGAAGAAGAUAAAGAAGAAUCAGAGACAACAGAAGAAGAUGUAGAAGGUGAUAAAGAAGGGUUUCUUCAAACCAAUGUGACAGAAUCAUCUCUUGCUGCAAUAUUGCAAAGACUGAGUAUUGAGGACUCCAACAUUGUCAAGGGCGAACGAUAUGUCGCUUCUUCACUUUUAAAUCAAACUUCAAAUAAACAAUGUUUGAGCAAGUUCUUAGAUGAAGUGACAAAAUUUUUAGCUCAGUGUUUUGAGAAGGCCAAAUCUCGCAAAAAGCGUCUUCAUGCGAUCGAAAUAGAAAAAAAACUUUUAUACAGAAAGAUCCAAAUGCAUGUCCGAGUGUACUUUGGGUGA